ACUGAUUUUUUCUUUUCUUUUUCUUUUUAUUGUAUAUAAUAUGCCUACAACAAGAGCAGCAGAUAAAGGAACUACUUUAGAUAAGGCAGCUCAACAAGAAAAGGCUCCUGCGCGUAAAAGAGGCAGACCUCCAAAAAAAGUCACUGCUGAACCCACAGCUGAAAAUAAAGGAGAAAAGAACGAACAAGAAGUAGCAACUUUAAAUGUAUCUCAGAAUGAAGAGCCUAUAAAAAGAAAGCGCGGUCGACCUCGAAAGGUUCAGCCUGAAGAAGCCAAAGAAGAGAAAAAAGAAGCCAAUCCACCAACUCCAAAGCGUGGUAGAGGCAGACCUAGAAAAGUAGAUAGUAAUUAGUUUCAAGACGUGAAGGCUUAAUUUUUUUUUUAUCGCUUAAUGUAUCUAUCCAUUCAAACAAACAAAAAAAAAGGGCUUCUCAUACCGUCAAUUGGUUACUUUACUGAAAAGUUUUUGAAUUUAAUUGGUUACAUUUUUGAAAGC